AUGACUUGCCAAGCGAAACGCUGUUGUAAAUUAGUUCUGCAUAGUAUAGGUGCUGCACUGGAACUUCGGCCCGAUCAACUGCAAGCACUGCAGGCGGCAUUUCGUGCUGUCGACAGAAACCACAACGGGUUCAUAUCACCGGCAGAACUGAAAUCGAUUUGUCAUCAGCACGGUCUUAAAGUUCGCGAUGCGGACAUUCUACGUGUGAUACAAGCCGUCGAUCUGAAUCAUGAUGGUGCUAUCAGUUACAAUGAGUACAUAUGGAUUGUGAUGGAGAUUUAUAAAUUAGCAGUUCGCCAAGCAAUUCAAGCUUCGCACAGUAGCAGUGGUAGGAGUAUUAAUCGACAGAGUGCUAGACCAACAUCCUACAGAGGAGGAUAUUCUCAUAGACACUAA